UCAUUUUUGGGUGCAAUAACCUUUUAAUUCUGCAUUCAAGUCCAAAGUAAAGUUAAAUUGCGAGCUGUUGCUUUUGUUUAGUUUUGGGUAUGGCUACAUGUUUGUUAAUACAUAAAAUAGCCUAAAUAACAUGUUUAAAAAUAUGUACAUAAUCAUCUCAGUCCAACAAGAGGAUCCCUGUGCCCCAAUGUGUAAUCGUCCCAAUCAUCGGCGACAGAUAGUGAUUUUCAGAGGCUUUUCUUUAUGUGUGCAGCUCUUGAGCCUGAACUCCUCCCGGCUAUUCCUCGCUUUGCUCUCUACUGCCACUGUAUUAGUGCUCAGAGGAGGAGUGGAGAGAGAGAGCGAAGGGUUAUGCGUGCACAGACAAGUGCGUCUAAAACUCCCAUUGAAUUCCUCCAGCAGAGAUGCACGCACAUCCAGCGCCCGAUCGUCAAUAUUUCUACAUGUUUCUCUCUACAUUCUCUAGUUUCUUUGCUCUGUUUUGACGUCCCCUCCAUCUGAAAGACAUGCAACUUUGGAAGAGCUUGGCAACCAGGUAGUGGACAGCUGUACAGCAACAGCAUGCCGUUUCUAGCAAACAACAUUCCCUGUAUUUUCGCCGAUUCAGUCCACGAUCACUUGGUUUGUGGAUGUAUAUGGUUGUUUGACUGACGCCCGAGUGGAGGAAACCGCAGAAGGGCGAGGGAGAAUGGCUUCGAAAGAGCGUCUGUACGAGCUCUGGAUGUUAUAUUACACUAAGAAAGAUGUCGUUUACCUGCAGCAGUGGUUGGAGGCAUUCGUGGCGUCUUUUGAGAAGGUCAUUGAUGUGCACUCGAUUGAGCCUCGCCGGCUGGAGGAAUGGAGUGCCGAUGUCCCCCUUCUCCCCAAGGAGGUUCUGGUAUUCCUCAGUACACAGCUCUGGCACAGCGCCCUCCACAUGUCAGGGCAGGACCAGAGCAUCACUGCACCACAUCCUCUGCUCCUUAUCAAGUUCUUCAUCAUCAUCUGCAGAAAUAUGGAGAAUAUAGACUCCGAAAAGACGCCUGGGUUUGUUUUUGAGACGAUCAAGCUCCUGAACUUCUGUUUGGCUCAGCUGAAGAAGCAGCCAGAUGAUCAGAGCACUUUACAGGCGGUGGUACAACAUGGCCUGCUGCUGUGUGAAAAUCUCUUUGACCCUUAUCAGACGUGGAGGAGACGGCAGGCGGGGGAGGAGGUCAGUAUGCUGGAGAGAAGCAAGUACAAAUUUUCCCCUCUUGUUCUGCCAGAGGAGCUUCCUAUGCUCUUCCAUGAAUACCUCCAAGACAGUGAACUAAUCCCUGAACCACUGGUGGUGAGGCUGGUGCAUCUACAGGGAGCUGUAAUCAGUGGAUGCAAGAGAAAUGGCCUUCUCUCCAUCACCCCGCAGGCUGUGAAGGAUCUCAUGUCUGUGUUGCGCUCCUGGUGCCUUUGUCCUGCCUCAUCCCCACAGCAGCCCAGGGACCCUCAGCUGCUCAGGAUGGCCCUUCGCUGUCUGACUGUAAUGAUUCAUCUUCUGCACUCCAGCAGUGUGAACGAGAGACAGGUGGAGAUCCGGAGCGCGCUGGACGAUUAUUUCCAACUGCUCAACUGGAACCGUCCACCGGACAGCCAGCAGGGAGAUAUGCACGCCUGGGAGGAUAAUCUCAUUACCCUUCUUGAACAUAUGCUUAAUGCCAUCCCUGAGAUCCUCCAAUGUUCAGACCGGCCGGUGUUGCAGGCCAUCUUUCUUAAUAACAACUGCUUUGAGCACAUCCUACGCCUCAUCCAGAACAGCAAGCUUUAUCAGAGUAACAGGUUUAAGUUGGAGUGUGAGGGCCAGUGUGACCUCACUACACGCUUGCUCACAGAGUCUGAAGUGGAGCAGGUGUGGGAAAAGGGCUCUGACUGCAUCACAGUCCACGCCAUUCGAGUCCUGACCGCCAUCAUGAGUAACUCUCCCUCUGCUAAGGAGGUCUUCAAAGAACGGAUCGGUUACUCACAGUUGUUCGAUGUGUUGAAAAGUCAAGGGCAGCCCACCAAAAGACUAUUGCAGGAGCUGAUGAACAUGGCUGUUGAAGGAGAGCAUUCUCAGGCCAUGCAGUUGGGCAUCAGUAAUGAACAGCCUCUGCUUCUGCUGCUGCAGUGGUUGCCAGAUCUGGGCUCUCGCUCUCUGCAGCUGCUGGUUUCUCAGUGGCUGGCGGCUGUAUGUCGGGGCACUCUGUCCUGCCGCACGGUUUCGGUUGAAGCUGGUUUGGUGGGUUCCCUUCUGGAGGUGCUGUCAGAACCCCCGGAGCGGCUGGACCGGCAGUGUGCAGACUCUCUCCUGGGUUUGCUACAAGAUUUGGGCUCGCUUUCUCUACGACCCUGCGAGCUCAAGAGCCUGCUGAAGCUCUUGCGGACUGAACCCGGGGCUCCUCCGCAUCCGUACUGCGGUCGGGUGGUGAGGGUGCUUUCUGCCAUGGCUGCACGUGGGGAGGGUGGUUGCAGCGCCUUGCAGUAUUUUGACCUUACGCCCCCUAUGGCGGGUAUCAUGGUGCCAGCAAUACAACGCUGGCCAGGGAGCGCGUUUGCUUUCCAUGCUUGGCUGUGCCUCAACACAGACUUUCCUCCGCCACAGCACCACUACUCUGAAUCACACCUGACAAACAUGGAUAAUACUGUCCGCAUGGCUAAAGGACCACGCAGGAAACAGCUCUACAGUUUCUUUACAGCAAGCGGAACUGGCUUUGAGGCGUUUUUCACCACAGAAGAAGUUUUGGUGGUGGCAGUAUGUACUAAAAAGGAAUACAUGGCCGUUUCUUUACCGGAGCACCCAUUCAAUGACUGUGCUUGGCACUCAGUAGCCAUCGUUCACGUUCCUGGCCGUCGACCUUUUGGACAGAACGUGGUCACUGUUUAUGUGGACGGAGUGCAGUGUAAAACAGCCCCCCUGCGUUUCCCUUCUCUGAAUGAGCCUUUCACAUCCUGCUGCAUAGGAUCAGCUGGUCACCGGACCACUACCACCACCAUGACUACCUCUCCAACUCUACCCAACCCGCCCCACUCGCCCUCCGAGAUGGCAUUCGCAGCUCAUACUGGGCCGCCCACUCUUUUACGUUCACAGUCCUUCCCAGCAUCCUUUGCAGCAGCUGCAGGAGGGCGGCCAGGUGGGAAUCGCGAGAGUCCUGUCCACACCAUCCAAGCAGGGCUUCAGGACACGGCUUGGGGCUCUCCAUCCUCACUGGGGGGCCUUUUAGCGACGGCGUUCAUCUGUCACGAAGCUCUGCAGCCAGCUCAAGCUCGAGCCCUGUUCACUGCGGGUCCCAAUAAUGUUUCUCUGUUCAAAGCCGAUGGAGAACCUUCAGAAGUCAACAGUAAACUAGUGCUUUACUAUACUCCAAAGGCCUUUAAAAGCCAGAUCUGCUUGGAUCUGUCCCCUAAUCAUCUGUAUGAUGGCAGGCUGACUGGUCACAGAGUGGUGAACUGGGACGUUAAGGAUGUGCUGAGCUCAGUUGGUGGGAUGGGGGCUCUUCUUCCCCUGCUGGAGCAGGUGUGUUUACUGGAUCAGCGUGAGACCGUGGGUCAGGAGACUUCAGAUCUGCUUGGGCCAGAGCUCACCUCUUCUAGGGGUCCCGCCGGAAUGCUGCUGCCUCUGGGGAAGUCAUCUGAGGGCCGUUUAGAGAAGAACAGUGUGGCAGCGUUUCUGCUGAUGAUUAAGAACAUGCUGCGCAACCAUCCAGCCAAUCAGGAGAGUCUGCUCCAGUGCCAUGGGCCAGCCAUUAUCGGGGCAAUGCUCGGGAAGGUCCCCAGCAGUAUGAUGGACAUGAGUGUACUAAUGGCCUGUCAGUUCCUGCUCAAGCAGGUGUCCAAUGAGGGCAACAACGCCCUGCUGUCUCAGCUGUACCAGUACCUGCUCUUUGACUUCCGCAUCUGGAGCCGCAGCCACUUCGCUGUCUGUCUGGGUCAUGUCCAGUACCUGACCACUGUCAUCAAUGAAGGCAAGCUGAAGACUCGCAGGAAGUAUGGUGUUCAGUACAUCCUGGAUUCAAUCCGGACACACUACAGCGUGGAGAAGGAUGGCAGUCCUCUGUCUGAUGAGAGGCAGACGGUGCAGAUCUCUCUUUUCUCUCUGCUGAAAGACCUUCUGAAAUCUCCCACUGCUGAAGAGCUGCACAGUGUGCUGGCCUACGCUGCUAUAGUGCAGGAUGAGCAACAGGUGAUCAGUGUUUUAGAUGUGUUGCACACCGUCUUAAAGAGUUCUCCUCCUCCACGUGAGCAGGUGGUGACUGUUCUUCUUGAUCGAAGGGUCGAGCAGCUGUACUAUUUGCUCCUCAAAACCAACUAUGGGGAUGAGGCUCGAGAGAGAUUAUUCAGGGUCAUGUAUAAAGUUCUGAAGAGUGAGCGCGUACAUGAUCGCAACAAACAGCUCAUAAAACUCAAGGACUCUGGCUAUCUUGGGCUAGUCUGCUCCUUUGGCGACGUCCCCAUCACCAUGACUACUGUGCGCUGUUUGUAUGAGCAGGUGCUCGCCACAGAUCCCACUCCUAGUUUUAAAGACUUGUUGGCAGUGGUGUACUUAUCCCAUCGUGCCGAUCUCAGUGCUCGACUAGAAAUUGUUCGUAAGCUCUUCUGCUUGAUCCACUCCAACGAAGAGUAUGUGAAGCAGCUGGCUCAUCAAUCAGGCUGGCAGGAUGUUCUCACCAAACUCUACGUCAAAGAAUCAUACGAGUCUCGUGUUCGCAGUCAGUCCAAUUCUUUAUCCAGCCCCACUUCCUCACUGGACCCAGUCCUUUCCAGACCCGUCUUCCGUCGAGAUGACAGCGUAACAGAGGAUGUUCGGCAGAACGUCUAUAUCACCCUCGCUGCCCGCCACGAAGAAGAGUACGAAGAGGAGGAAGGAGAAACUCAGGAUGCUUCUGAAGGCUUUUCUGACCUUUCCCAGUCUCCUCCGUCAACCGGGCAGCUCAAGAAUGAUUCCCUCCACUUUAAGCCAUUUGACUCCGGAGACCAAAGCAGUCAUUCGUCUACCUUGUCCAACACUGUGGACUUUCCACCAUCUCGCCUGCAGGAGGAAGAUGAAGCCGUGUAUCAGCCCCUCUCACCAUUCGGCUCACCCUUUGAGCUGGAAUUAAAUCACCAGAAAGGACCCCAGACCCCCGUGGGUAGCCAGCCAGAGACCCCCUCUCCUCUAGAGCACAAUAAGACCUUCCUAGGCAUGAGACCCCGCAAGAGCUCCAGUCUGUCUAAUGUUCUGGACGACACAAGCUACAGCACCGAACCACCUACAGACACAAUCUCCAAUACAUCAAACCCACAGGCUCCAGAAGAGGAGUUGUGUAAUUUGUUGACGAACAUCGUUUUCUCUGUGCUGUGGAUUGGCACUGAGGGGUCUGAGGAUGUGAUAUGGAGAGAAAGAGGUCAGGUGUUUUCUGUCCUCACCAAGCUUGGGUCAUCCUGCCAGCUGGUGCGGCCACCUGACGACAUCAAACGCAGCCUAUUGGAGAUGAUGCUGGAGUCAUCUUUGUCAGAUCUGAGGGACUCUCAGGGUGUGUCUUUGCCCCAUGUGCCUUCCCUGCUCCGCCUUCUUAGACUGCUCCAGGACUUCCUAUUUGCAGAGGGCACUUGCAAUCAUACACUAUGGAGUGAGAAGAUCUUUGAGGGGGUGGUGAAUCUGCUGGACAGACUGAAGGCAUGGCACACAACCCCCGGGUCAGCAGGCUCCGCUGAGCUCAAAGAGAUGUCUCUGAUCGGCCUGCGGAUCAUUACUGGAUACAUUCAGCAGCAGCAGAACCCACAGGUGUGUGAGAUGGCAUGUCUAAAGCUUCACAGUUUGCUGCAGACAGUCUUGUGUCUGUCCUGGGAGGAAGUGUGUUUUCUUCUGGGUCGUCUUGGUGCACCACUUUGUCCCGCAAACUCUGCUUCAGACACGAGUGCUGAGGGUUUACCGAGUCCACUUGUUCCCAUCGUCCGAGCACUGCUGGACCAGCAUGCAGACCACACCACCCUGCAGGAGAAGCUGCCAAACCUCCCCGCAACCAACGGCAGCCCAUCCUUUGCCCAGGACCUGCAGAUAUACUGCAGCACAGCUGAAUGGCAGCAGUUUUACCAAAACCACGUGGAGCCCACAAUGCAGCAGUAUGAGCUGGACACUUUUGGGAAGAGCCACGACUUGAUGUCCAACUUCUGGAACUCCUGCUUUGAUGACCUGAUGAGCACCGGUCAGAGGAGAGACAAGGAACGCUCUGAUUCAAAGGCCAAAUUUCAGGAGGUGAUCGUAGAUCCGUACCUGAAGCGUGUGCGCACAGAGAACAGCCGCUACCACAGUGUGCAGAAGAUGAUCAACGGCCAGCAGACUGUGGUGUGGAGGCACUGGAGGUCAUUACGCAGAUUACUGAGCAGUGACAGAGGAGCCUGGCCCCUCAGAGUUCAGCCAGAGGUGAAAUGGAAACUCUCGAGUGCAGAGACAUACUCUAAGAUGCGUCUGAAGCUGGUGCCAAACUACAGCUUUGACUCUCACUCUGAUGCCAGUGCCCUGAGAGAUAACAUGGGAGCAGACAGUCCUCGCAGCUCAACCGAACCUCUUCCGCUUGCUGUUGCCAGGGAAGCCAAAGUUAGUGACAUGGAUGAUGACAAACUAGAAGACGAGGAUAUUGUUUUCCUUGAAGAGGCGGAGGAGGCUGAGGAGGAGAGCCAGAAGGAGAAGCUGGUGCUCUCUGAGGACUGUGAGCUCAUCACUAUAGUUGCUGUAGUCCCGGGUCGUCUGGAGGUCACAACGCACCACCUGUACUUCUACGACGGGAGCAGUGAGAAAGAGGAGACGGAGGAGGGCAUUGGGUUUGAUUUCAAGAGGCCACUUUCCCAGUUAAGAGAGGUCCAUCUGAGGCGCUACAACCUGCGGAGGUCAGCGCUGGAGCUGUUCUUCAUCGACCAGUCACACUACUUCAUCAACUUCCGGAAAGGGGUGAGACACUUAGACAGACACAAACAGAGAAAAACAAGGGUAUCUAGCACACCGAUCUGUGUUUUCAUAUUUGUUUUCAUCCUCCCACAGGUGCGGAACAAAGUCUACUCCCGGAUCCUGGGUCUCAGGCCUCCCAAUCUUUUUUACUUUGGUUCCCGUUCUCCUCAGGAGCUCCUGAAAGCCUCCAAUUUGACUCACAGAUGGGUCUGCCGAGAGAUCUCCAAUUUUGAAUAUCUGAUGCAGCUCAACACCAUUGCUGGUCGCACAUACAAUGAUUUAUCUCAAUAUCCAGUGUUUCCAUGGGUGUUGUGUGACUACACUUCAGCAGAAUUGGAUCUGGAUGACCCAGCGGUUUUCAGAGAUCUGUCCAAACCCAUCGGUGUUGUCAACCCUCGCCAUGCACAGAACGUCAGGGAGAAGUAUGAGAGUUUUGAAGACCCAACAGGCACUAUUGAUAAGUUCCACUAUGGCACACACUACUCUAAUGCUGCUGGCGUCAUGCACUACAUGAUCCGCACAGAGCCCUUCACCUCAUUGCAUAUUCAGCUCCAGAGUGGCAAGUUUGACUGUGCUGAUAGGCAGUUUCAUUCAAUAGCAGCAGCAUGGCAGGCACGGAUGGAGAGUCCAGCAGAUGUGAAGGAGCUCAUACCAGAAUUCUUCUACUUCCCAGAAUUCCUGGAGAACAUGAACGGUUUUGAUCUGGGAUGCCUGCAAAUAAGUCAGGAGAAGGUCAAUAAUGUGUUGCUUCCACCUUGGGCAUCUUCACGGGAAGACUUCAUCAGGAAACACCGUAAAGCCUUGGAGAGUGAACAUGUGUCUGCUCACCUGCAUGAAUGGAUCGAUCUCAUAUUCGGAUAUAAGCAACGGGGACCUGAAGCAGUGGAGGCUCUUAAUGUCUUCUACUACUGCACUUAUGAGGGUGCAGUCGAUCUGGAUGCCAUUGCUAAUGAGACUGAGCGCAAAGCCCUGGAAGGCAUUAUCAGCAACUUUGGCCAAACACCCUGUCAGCUUUUAAAGGAGCCUCAUCCUCCACGUAUGUCAGCAGAGAACGCAUUCAGGCGUGCGGCCCGUCUCGACAUACUGCCACCAAACCUCUUUGAUCAGCUCAGUAAACUCAGAUCUUUCAAGGAGGUGGUGAGUGAUGGCCUGGCAUUAGUGCAAGCUGUGGUGCCCAGAAAUCAAACCCGCUCCUUCAUCAUCCCAGGCUCUGACAUACUGGUGACAGUGAGUGCUAAUGGAAUGAUAGGCACUCAUAGCUGGCUGCCCUACGACAAGAACAUAGCCAAUUACUUCACCUUCACCAGAGACCCUUCUGUCAGCAACCCAAAGACCCAGCGGUUCCUCAGCGGGCCGUUCUCCCCAGGGGUGGAGAUGGGGUCCCAGGUGCUGGUGGUGUCCAGUGACGGCCGUCUGCUGUUCAGCGGGGGGCACUGGGACUGCAGCCUGAGGGUCACUAUGUUAGGCAAGGCCAAGCUGGUAGGCAGGAUCUGCCGGCACAUAGAUGUGGUCACCUGCCUGGCUUUGGAUCUGUGUGGAAUCUACCUCAUCUCUGGCUCACGGGACACCACCUGCAUGGUCUGGCAGGUCCUACAGCAGGGUGGUUUCUCCAGCGGCUUGUCUCCACGGCCCAUUCAGGUGCUCUGUGGGCAUGAUCAGGAGGUCACGUGUGUGGCCAUCAGCACUGAGUUAGAUAUGGCCAUCUCGGGGUCGAAGGAUGGCACAGUGAUCGUGCACAGUGUUCGUCGUGGGCAGUACCUGUGGACAUUAAGACCACCGUGUGAGAACUGUGUUUCAGCUCCUGUGGCACAACUGGAGGUCGGCAUGGAAGGCCACAUAGUGAUGCAGACUGUAUUGGAGGGCCGCUCUGCUGGAAAGGAGAGGUAUGCUCUGCAUGUGUAUUCUGUAAAUGGCACUCUGCUAGCAUCUGAGACCUUGGAUGAGAAGAUUUCAGCUUUGUACUUGGUGCCUGACUACCUCAUUGUGGGCACACAACAGGGAAACCUCCACAUUAGAGACUUGUACAGCUUGAAUUUGGCCGUGGCUCCUUUGGCCCUGAAGGUCCCAGUACGCUGUGUGUCUGUCACAAAAGAGAGCAGUCAUAUUCUGGUGGGUCUGGAGGAUGGCAAACUCAUCGUGGUGGGAGCAGGAAAACCAGAGGAGGUGCGGUCAGGCCAGUUCUCCCGCCGACUGUGGGGCUCCACACGCAGAAUCUCCCAGGUGUCUUCAGGAGAGACCGAGUACAACCCUGUAGAGGCCCCUGCUAAAUGAGCCCUCUGUGCCUUCAGCAGGACCUGUGCUUCGACAGGAGAGGAAAAACAUCAGCCUGCCAUCCUCAAACUGAGCUCGGGAACAAGAGAGAGCAUCAAGGGAACACACGCUGUGCACUUUUAACGUAAAGGAAAGAGACGAUGCUAUGGUGUAUACUGCUUUUAACAAACAAACAUUCCAAAGAUUUUUGAUCAGCGUUUUGGGCUAAAGCAGUUUGCUCUGUCCUGUGAAUCACACAGACUUCAUUUGCUGUCACUGAGUGACAAAGCAUCACCACUGGAGUUGUUUUAUAUUGUAGGAGACCUUUCUAUUGUGAUCUGCUGAUGCCGGUCAGCUCUGCAACACUGGUACUCCGGCUGACACUUGAAAACCUUCGUAUGUUAAGUUUACCAAGCUGGAUUUUUCCACAGGCACCAACAGAGAAGUUUGGGCUCUCUCUGUGUCUGUAUGUGUGGGUAUGGGUGUGGGUGUUUGUAUUGCUUUGUGUACCGCAAUAAUUAAUGUGACGCCUAAAUUGGAGCAAGAUCCUUUGACUCUUGUGUUGUAAAGCGCUUUGAGACUUAAUUCAGUACCUCUGGUGCCUUAAAACAGGUAAACAAUGGAAACGGCCAUAAUUGUGAUUUAUUAUUAUGUCAGAUAUGUUAAAGGGAUAGUUCACCUUAAAAUGAUUUUUUGUAACCACUAUAUACAGACGUGGACAAAAUUGUUGGUGCCCCUGCAUUGAAGAAACAACUGAAACCUAAAAUAGUAGUUAUUAAUAAAAAAUGACAGAAAAUAAAAUGUUAAAAAUCUGUUAGUACUUUGACCAGGAUAAAAUUAAAGGGUAUUUUGUCCAUGUCUGUGUAUACAUAUAUAAAAAAACAUAAAGAGACAACUUGAAAAUUCUUAUUUUCUUAGUAUUUAUGAUAAAUUGUCACCAUUUCUGGUUUAUUCUGUAAAUUACUAAUGGCUCUACUUCCAGAUUUAAAAAAAGGCUGUUAUUUAGUGUUUCUUUUGGGGAUGUUUAGAUCCAUUUUACCCAAACCCCUUUCUUAUACUGUUUUAGGAACAAUACUAAUGCUUUUAACUUCAAAAUAUAUUAGUUAUAUUAAUAAUUAAGUGAAAUAACCCUGCUUUCCACACUGUAAACAAAAUGUUGACAAAAAGUCAAGACAACAAGUAUUUUUAUGUUGCUCUAACUUAUUUCUUUUUCACUUAAUUUUCUAUUAAGUUAUACAUUAAGUUUAACUUAAUGUAUUUUUUCAGUUUGAUUGAUGUAAGUUGAGGUGAAUAAAAAAAGUUAAUUUGAUUCAACAAAAAAAAAAAAAUUUAAAUGAUGAAAUUAAAAAGCAAAAUUUUUUGGUAACACUUUAGAACAGAGAUGCCCAAACUAGGGUCCACCGGCCAAAGCUGGUAACCUUUGAUUUGGCCUGCCAUGCCAUCUAAGAAGAGAGAGAAUGUUUCAAUCAAAUGGUGUAAAUUAAUCAUAUUCAUUUUAAAUGUACAUAGUCAUCCGACAGUGCAGAGAAUUUGAUGAGAUCAAGUCAAAGGCAGAUUCUGCUUGACUAGUGUAUUCAACAUUGAGCUCCACUGUGUUAUAAAUGGGAUUGUUUAUGUUUUAUUGCAAAACGUUAUUAUUAAAAAGGUAUAAUGCAAUAGAUAAUGCAAUUUAAAGUAAUGUUUCUAUUUAUUUUGUAAUAUUGUUUAUUAAUGUAAUAUAGUCUGGUAUAUUUACCUUCGGCCCACAGUGUCACAAUCACCAGCAAUCUAGAGUUCAUAGAUCGCUGGAGAACAUUCACAUUUAAAAGAACUACAAUUACGCCAGGAUGGACUACAAGUCCUGUCAUGCAACACACACCUGCUCCAGGUCUCCAUUGAUUACACUCACACAGCUGAAGCUGCUCAAAGACUGAUUAGUUAGACUAUUUACACAGCACAAAAACAAACAAGGCGAGAGUCAAAACAUGGCAAGACAAGACAAGGCAAGGAAAUGCGUUGUAAUGUUCACAAUCAGUAAAACAAGACUCCAACUACAAGAUACCGCCAACUACUCAGUAGGUACUGCAUUUGAAUUUAAACAUACUACUUGGCCAUUAGAAAAGUAAGUUCUAUACAGUAUGAAUGUAAAAAGUAUGAAUGGAAUUCGGACAGACUAUAUCCGCAAUUUUGUCAUUGUUACGUGACCUACCUGUGUCAGUUUCGUUGCUUUACUCCCAUUCAUGAAUUCUUUCACGGGGCAUCAUGGGGUAGCACAGCUUGCAUAGGAUGCGCACUUCAGAAUCUCGUCGGAAAUAAUAAAUCAUCUGGGUACUUCUCGUAUACUGAUUUUCAAAUUCAAUUUGGACAAACUACUCUUCUCCCAUACUAAUUUUAGCGUACUUUAUAGUAUGGAAGUGUGGGGUUUUAGACGCAGCCUGUGUGUUUGUGUGCUGUAUAAAUAUAAAUACGUUUUUGACUUUUCAUACAAAUAAGUUUGGGCACCGCUGCUUUAGAAUAAUGGUCCAUUAGUUAAUGUUAGUUAAUACUACGUAUAAAUAAUCUUGUAAAGCAUUUAUUAAUCAUAGUUCAACAUUAUUAGAAUUCAAAGUUGCGCUUGCUAGCAUUUGUUAAUGCAAAGUGAGUUAACAUGAAAUAAACAAAAAUACUGUAAUAAAAGUAUUAAUGAUGUUAGUUAAUACAUUAAAUAGCAUAAGCUAAUUGACCAUUAUUUUAAAAUGUUACCUUUUUUACCGUGUAGUACAAUCAAUGAAAACAUUUGUUCUCUUGACCGAAUGUCAUUUUCUGAAAAUAAAAUUCCUCUAAAUGACAAAUUGAAUAAAAACUUGGAUCAACAGCUA